AUGGAGGAGAAAAAAAAUUUUCUUUUAACAAAAUAAAUUAUUUAUUUGGGCUAUUUAUAAGUAAAAGUCAUUUUGUCUUUGUCAAUUCAAUUAUCCUGUGCCACCGUAGAAAAAGCAUGUUUUCUGCGUAGGCGGAAUUUAAAAAAUGUUUAUUUCCAUGCAAGGCGUAUGGGGAUAGUAAUGGAAUGUAUUUUGAGUAAAUUUCCAUAUCAAUUCAAAAGUAGUGUCAGACCCAAGGAGAAUAAAUUCGAACACAUUCAAAUCUUAAUCAUAACGUGUAUUUGAAAGAUUUGUAUAUAACAAAAUUAAGAUUUUUGGUCACUAAAAGUAGCUAAUUUCAAGAGUCAUAAUGAUUUGUACUCCCUGCUAUGUAAGCUUCUCAUUUUAAAAGUACAAGAAGAGCAAAACAUCAAUUCAUAUCCUGCUCUUUUCAUGAUAACGGACGUUCCAUUGAACAUAACUUUGUCAUCAAUUCAAUAUUAAAUGUGUCUUAUGAUAAGUUUCGCAUUAUCUACAAAUAUUGUACAACUACAAAGUGUUGUAAGCGAUAAUUAAUUUGCAUAUGUAUUUUAGCGGAGUUCAUCGAAAAAUCAGAGUAAUAAUAUAAAAGCAUCCAUAAAUUAGUAAUAUGUAUAUAUUUUUUAAGUUAUUUUUUUAAUAUUAGUUCUUACCUAUUACGUCGGUAUGGAUAUUAUCUUUCAAAAUGUUCCAAAAAAAAACCUACAUACAUAUUUACAUAUAUUGAAUUUGCGCACUGCAAAAUUGUCUUCCAUUUUUGUUGACGUUUCCCUAACAUAAGCCCAAAGCACUUUUUCAGUACUUUUUAAAAGCAGUUAUAGUCAAUCUAUCAGCAUAACGGGAAUAAGAGCGUAGUGCUCUAAAAACAGUUUUGUGUACAUAAAAAUUAAUUUUUUAUGGGAUAGAUACUCAACUAAUUAAACAUGUAUAUAAACGGAUGUACAAGUAGAGUGUUAUCCAGUUUCAAAUACAAAAUAUGCACAUAAAGCUCAUAUGUACAUAUUAGAAGAGAUAUAAAAAAAUAAAAAACAAAAAUAUUAUAGAAUAUAAAGUUUUAACAUAAAAGCAUUUUAAAAUUAUAUAAAAGAUAUAAAGAGAACUUAUUAUGUUUAAUUAUACAAUCAUUUACAUUAUCUACUUUAAAAAGUAUAAAUGGCAUACAUAGAUACAUAUUAUUUACAUUAUGAUAUUUAUAAAAAUAAUUUAAGUUAAUGAAAAGUUAUAUACAUAUAUCGUAUGCAUAUUGCAAUUUAUUGGUUCAAAUAUGUGGAGUGACAAGAAGCGCUUUUAAGUUUUUAAGUGCUUAUGCUAUGGAACAACGGUUGAGCGAUUGGAGGAAAACGAAUAAUUCAACAAUUCAUCAAAACCAUAUCUUGCAACAAACUCAUGUAGAGCAAAUUAAAGUGAAAAGUAAUAAAAAUAUACAAUUAAUUAUCAAUAAUAUACAUUCCCAAGAAUUUUCUACAACGAAUGCUGAAGAAACUAUAACAAAUCUCGAAAUUCAGGUCGAACAACAAAGGCAACUGAGAAUACAGGAGGCUCGCCACGUUGAAGCAAAAGCAGCAAGGAUAAAGGAAUGGGUUACCAAUAAACUUCGCGAACUAGAAGAACAAAAUCAAUUACUCCGCGAGCAAAAUCAAAAAUGCAAUCAGCAAUUGGAGCUUUUAAGAAAUCAUAUUGCCGUAUCAUCAAGCAGACACAGUAGUAUCUUAAGGGCAACUAAUAUUCGUAACAGCUUAGCAGGGGAAGUGUCAGAUUUUAGUGAACUAUCAAACUCUCGCCGUAAGAGUGAAUCUUUAGAUCCACAAUUGGAUAAUAUUGACUUCCCCUUAACAACAAGUCAUAACCACAGAAGAGAGUUAUCUAUGGAACCUCAGGAAUUAGAUCAUAAUUUAAUUACUUCAGUUGACGGAAUAAACAUCGGCUCGUUAUCACAGCAAUCGCGCAUACAUAGGUCUCCUAGUUCAAAUAGCUCUGAUACAGACAUUGCCCAGGAUUACGCCGAAAUUUAUACUCCCUCGAAAGAACAUUUUCCAAUAUGGGUUAGAUGCAAUGAUUCCAAUUUAGUUGACGAAAGCAAUACUUCAAGUGAAAUAAAAACUAGCUCUAAUUCCUUUGAAAAAGUGAAUAGUUUGAACAAAAACACUCAGAGACCUCCAACGCCUCCAUUACAUAGAUUCCCUAGUUGGGAAGCAAAAAUAUAUCAAGUAGCUAACGACGGUCUUAGACCAGGGGAUGAAAUAGAUGAACCAUUAAAAUCAUUGAAAAAGGAUAUCGGUGAAGAUUUAGUGUCCUGUAGUUCGUCAAUAGCUAAAGAACGACGGGAAGAACAAGCAAUAAGUGUAGGAUUCUGCGAUAUAAGUGUGCCAGUUUAUUCGACAAUUAAAGGGCGUGCAUCACAAAUUAGGGCUACACCUUUUACCGGCGAUUCAAGUGAUGAUUCUAGUGAAGGGGAAGAACAUGCAAUUGUCGUAGCAAACAAUUCUCAUAAUUCAUCCAGUGCUGAAAAUACUGAAACAAGCACGUCGGGUAGUGCUUCAAGUCCGUCGAAAAGUGUGAAAACAUCAUCCAGUUUAAGCCCAGCUAAAAGAAGCGACUCUGAAAGUCCAAAAAAUACAAAACAAAGGGUACCAUCAAGGCCUGCCUUCGAGUCUGGAAUUUCAGACGAUUACGCAUUACCACCAGAUGCAGUUUUAGAACCGAUUGGGCUGGAUAAUACUACACAAUUACUUAUUGCAAGAUCUUCAUAUGUGGAUUCUCCAAAUAGAAAAAUUGAAUCUUUUGAAAAGGUGGGAUAUUUGACAAAAUUGGGAGGUAGACUAAAAACCUGGCGUAAAAGAUGGUUUGUCUUAAAAAAUGGUCAACUUUAUUACUGGAAAUGCCAAAAUGACAUUAACAGAAAGCCGCAAGGUCAAAUUUUACUAGACGAUGCAUGUAAAAUAGGCAAGGCUGAUGGAGCUUCAACAUUUGAGAUAAACACUGGCAUAAAAACUUAUUAUUUAACUGCUGACUCUAACACUGGAAUGGAUGAAUGGAUUCGAGUACUUCAAAAUGUGCAAAGGCGAAAUGCCACCCGAUUACUACUGAGCAAAGACGAUCAAAGGCCAACACUUAACGGAUGGGUUAUGAAAGUAAAAAAUGGUCACUCAAAAAGAUGUUGGUGUGUUCUUCUGGGAAGGAUGUUCUUAUAUUUCAAAAGUCCAGGAGAAUCGGUUAGUAGAACUUAUUACCUAUUACCAAAACCAUAAAUUCUAUAAUAAAUU